AUGUGUGAUUGUUUUGAUCAAUUUAAAAUUAUGGAUGUUCAUAUUUGUGGCGAUGUUAGUAAAGGAGUAUCCACAUUAAUGAAUUUUAGAGUGUGUUUUAUAAAGAGUAUUUCACUUCAGGUGAGUACUGAUAAUGGUUCAACUUGGACAGAUAUUGAUGCUGCUGAUUUAUUAGUUGAUGCGAAUCAUGUGUAUUUUGAAGAAGGUCAGGCUGGCGAAUUUAUUGAAUAUUAUAAUGGGAAUUUUUAUAUCGGAAAACCGGAACAUGGUGCUGGUUAUCCAGUAAUUGCCACACAAGUUCUUAGUUUUCCAACUGUUUAUGGACUAGCUAGUCGUCGUACUGUUCCUCCCGGAUUUUUUACUCCAAGUCCUACAGGAGUUUCAUAUGUUGAACCUAGUUUUGAUGUUCUUUCUUCUUAUUCUUCUUUUAUAUAUCAAAGUAAAUUACCUGGUGCUAGUUUACAUUUAUCACUUGAUGUUGCUGGAGUAUCUUCGAGUGAAAAAAUGAUGACAACCCCUACUAUGAUGGCAGGAAAGUUAUAUAAAUUUAUUCCAGAAAAUCAAAAUGGACGUUUUUAUCCUUUUAUUAUGUAUGGUGCUAAAGCCACUCUUCCUACUGGUGACGGUGAUAUUACUGAUGCUCUUUCUUUUAUUGAUGAUGGUGGUAUUUCUUGGACUGGUAAUGCGGGAAUACCACAAGAAGAAGAAGAAAUUAUUUUGGAUAAUGCCAAUGUUGGAGGAUUUCAGGGGUCAGAUGCUGCAGAUGUUGAAGCUGCAUAUAAACAAGAACUUGCUAAUCAUACUAGUGUUGAUAGUGAUGGUUCAUAUAUUAUGAAAAUUAUGGGUUAUAUUACUGUUAGAUUUAAACAAUUACGUUCAUCUCCACUUGAAAUUGUUGAAGCAUAUAAUUUUGUUCGUUGCCAAUCAUCUUGGAAGGAUACUCAGACGGGUCAAACUGUUUCUCAUGAUAGUGUAAUUUCGUUAAAUGGAUUAGGUCAAUUUGUUCAAGACGGUGUUAGUGGGUUUGUUAUUGAACGUGGUGAUGGAGAAUCUUGGAGUGAUGCUCUAAAACGUUAUGGUUAUGAAAAUUUGCCUGUUGACACUUUCAUGACUAUUGGUUCUCUUGCUGAAGGAACGGGUAUUACUUCUUAUGUGUGUAACUUAGCUAAAAGAGGAGUUAAAAGUGUAAUUGGUCCUUUAGUUGAAAGUGCUCUUUCUGAUGCUAUACCUGGUUAUAAUACGGCUAAAGUGUUGGUGGGUUAUGCUUAUACUGGUAUUUCUGAGGGUAUGCAGUUUAUUGAUAAUAAUACAUAUUUGAGUGCUGGUCGAGAUGCAUUGGAAUCUGUUUUAAUUGGUGGUUUGAGGAAAGUUGCUGGUGAUAAAGUUGUUGAUUUUUUUAGUAAUGCUACUUCGUUAAUAUCUAAGACUAUAUCAUUAUUUAAUUAG